CUCAUGUGUCUUCAUCUUGCUUAGCCGGUUCUAAUGGACUCGCUUUUAGCUACACGUCUCUGGUCACUUUCUCCAUUUUAGUUUUUUUCUCGUUUCCCACCAAAACUUCCUACUUCCUAGUCAAUCAACGCCAACAGCAUCUUCCAAGAACCGAGGAAAUAGGAGAACAAAUAGGAAUCAAUUUAUUUUACAGCUCGAAGAAUAAUUCAAGAAGUUAGAGCCCGUUCGUGUUUUUUGAGAAAAGCCUCCGUUUUCAUUGGAGGCUUUUCCUAGAGUUCUAAGAUCCAAAAUAGAGAAAGCCCCAUUCCGAUUUCGGCUGUUAUUAAGUCAUUUCUGGUCUGCUUUCUAAAGAUUAAGGGUGUUUCUCAUCUGGGCCGUGUUUGAUUUGCCAGAUUUUGAUUUGGGGGUGUAGAUUUGAAUAGAAGAUUAGGGGUGUUUCUCAUCUGGACCGUGCUUGAUUUGCGAGAUUUUUAUCUGGGGGGUAGAUUUGAAUAAAAGAUCUGAACUUUUUUGUUUUUAUUCAAUUGAUAGCCUUCUGAUUCUUUGAUUUUGUCAGAAGAAUUUGGCUUUUAUUUGGUGGAUCCCCCUGUUGUGAUCUAUGGCGGGUUUGUGUUUGCUCUAGAGGUGUUUGAUCGUUGUCCUUUACUUGAUGUAUCUGAUUUUUACCAAAAAGGAUCGGCUUGUGGACAUAGAGUUUGUUCUCAGGCCAUUGGCUCUGCCUUCUGGGCAGAAAGUUAUAUUUUUCUCUACUACCCAAAGGGAUAGAUGGGAUAAGGCAUUUUUCAUAUUGCAGAGUGGAUAGUCAAACAUUUGUCGAUUUUUUCGAAAACGGCGCCAGCAAAAGAAAAUCAAAAAUAGAUUUUUGGUAAGUAAACUUGAAGGCUUUUGAAGGAUUUCGGAAAAUGGGUUCUUCACAAGGAUCUACGCUGUCAUCAAAUGUGUCUGGAUUUGCGAAUAAAUCUUCUGCCCAUACAGAGAUUGAAUUUGUCGAAAGCAAAGUUCCUGUCUUUGUGAAGGAGCUUAUUGCUGGCGGUGCUGCUGGUGGUUUUGCUAAAACUGCGGUUGCUCCUUUGGAACGAAUUAAAAUACUUCUGCAGACUAGAACACAAGGCUUUCAUUCUCUAGGAAUUUAUCACUCCCUGAAAAAGCUACUAAAGCAUGAAGGAACUGGACCUAUUGUGGAUCUUUUAGCUGGUUCAGCUGCUGGAGGCACCGCAGUUUUAUGCACUUAUCCACUAGAUUUAGCUCGUACUAAGCUCGCUUACCAGAUUGUCGACACAAGGAGAACUUUGCAGCAUGGGACGAGACAGUUGAAUGCAAAUCCUGCUUACAGCGGAAUUAGAAAUGUGAUUGAGAGAGUCUACAAGGAAGGGGGUGUACGGGGGCUAUAUAGAGGCAUCGGUCCAACACUUAUUGGUAUUCUUCCGUAUGCUGGCUUGAAAUUUUACGUUUAUGAGGAACUCAAAAGGCAUGUUCCUGAAGAGCACCAAAAGUCCAUCUUAAUGCGAUUAUCUUGUGGAGCUUUGGCCGGUUUAUUUGGGCAGACGUUCACAUAUCCACUAGAUGUUGUCAGGAGGCAAAUGCAGGUUGAGCAUUUGCAACCCUCAUCACAAGGUGGUGGUGUGUACAAGAGCACCUUGGAAGGUCUCUCGUACAUUGUUCAUAAUCAAGGUUGGAAGCAAUUGUUUGCCGGUUUAAGUAUCAAUUAUAUCAAGAUUGUACCCUCUGUUGCAAUUGGUUUUACAGCAUACGACAUGAUGAAAGCAUGGCUUCAGAUACCUCCUAGGCAACAAUCAAAAACAAUAUCUGCAGCAUAAGUUUUUGCUUCGUUUAUUACUGUAAUUCAACUGUCUGGAUCUGGACAUGAUUCUAUUUACAUCGAUUUACUUGCAUACUAUCUGGCUGAACCAGUGUUGAGCAUUAGUUUUUUUUUUCUUUUUUUUUUUGU